GUCCCUGGUUAUGUGUUUAUCAUGGCUUCAUAAUAUUAACCUACCACUGUGAUAAAAGUGAUUGUUAAGUGGCACAGCAGUGUAUGUAAAUGGCCAUUACUGUAACUAGAAUAAAAUAGGGUGCUGGGAAAUAUAUCCUAUCACAGAGUUGAAAGCUCAGAUUUUAAAAUGCAAAUAAGGCCAGCACUUUGAACUUGUUUUUUGUAAAAUUACAAUAUAAAUCUGUUUAAAAAGUAAAACACGUGUUCACAAGAAUCUGAAGGCAAAGGGAAAGAAGGACGAGAAAUGUGGAGAGAAAGUGACUUGGUGAAGUCAUGUGAUAGGACAGUGGCAGAGGUUAGACUAUGUAUUUCAGACUGUAUUCAGCAUUAAUUGAGAAACAGCUCUUCAAUCCUACAAGCAAGUUAUAAAAAUUCAUAAGAGUAGGCUUGUCAUGGGAUGAGCAAAAGAGUUUCCAAUAACAGCAAAAGUGGUCUUAAAGUUUUCCCCUGCAAAAUGUACUUCUGGAUAAACAAGUACUUUGGGGGCUCCAUUGGAUCCCAGUAGAAGACAACAAGACAAGAUAAUCACCAUUUCUUUGCAUUCAGCCUGUUUAUGGUGCUCAACACCCUCCGCUGGAUCCCCGGCUCACCAAAAACUUCAUUAAAGAACGUUCCAAGGUCAAUGCACUGCCCAUGAAGAAUAAGAAGGCCAGCAGUUUUCAUGAGUUUGCCCGUGACACCAGUGAUGCCUGGGACAUUGGGGAUGAUGAAGAUGAGGACUUCUCAUCUUUCCAGACCUUGAACUCUAAAGUGGCCAAGGCCACAGCAGCACAGGUGCUGGAGAACCACAGCAGGCUGCGUGUGAAAUCUGAGCGACCCCAGGCAGCUUUGAAUGAAGUACCAAACAACUGCAAAGUUAUCAAGUCUAAUAGUGAGGCCCAGCUGUCCAGACCUGAAGAUGACUGCAUGUGCAACUCACUCCACAAACAAUCCCUCCCACUCCGACCCAUCAUUCCACUUGUUGCUCGCAUUUCUGACCAAAAUGCUUCAGGAGCUCCUCCCAUGACAGUGCGUGAGAAAACCCGCUUGGAGAAAUUCCGGCAGCUUCUAUCCAGCCACAACACUGACCUAGAUGAACUAAGGAAAUGCAGCUGGCCUGGCGUCCCUAGAGAGGUUCGGCCUGUGACAUGGCGCCUUUUAUCCGGUUACCUCCCUGCCAACAUGGAGCGGAGGAAACUGACCUUGCAGCGCAAACGAGAGGAGUACUUUGGCUUCAUAGAGCAGUAUUAUGACUCUAGAAAUGAGGAACACCAUCAAGAUACAUACCGGCAGAUUCAUAUAGACAUUCCACGGACUAAUCCCCUCAUCCCUCUAUUUCAGCAGCCGCUAGUUCAGGAGAUCUUUGAACGAAUCCUGUUUAUUUGGGCCAUUCGACACCCAGCCAGUGGCUACGUGCAGGGGAUUAAUGACCUGGUCACUCCAUUCUUUGUCGUGUUCCUCUCUGAAUAUGUUGAAGAAGAUGUGGAAAAUUUUGAUGUUACAAACCUGUCUCAGGAUGUGCUGCGGAGCAUUGAAGCUGAUAGCUUUUGGUGUAUGAGCAAAUUGCUGGAUGGAAUACAGGAUAACUACACAUUUGCACAGCCAGGGAUCCAAAAGAAAGUCAAAGCACUGGAGGAACUCGUCAGCCGAAUUGAUGAGCAGGUACACAAUCACUUUAGGAAGUAUGAAGUGGAAUACCUGCAGUUUGCCUUUCGCUGGAUGAACAAUUUACUGAUGAGGGAGCUUCCUCUUCGCUGCACCAUUCGCCUUUGGGACACUUAUCAGUCUGAGCCAGAGGGAUUUUCUCAUUUCCAUUUAUACGUCUGUGCUGCUUUCUUGAUUAAGUGGCGGAAAGAGAUCUUGGAUGAAGAGGACUUCCAGGGUCUUCUAAUGUUGCUGCAAAACUUACCCACAAUACACUGGGGCAAUGAAGAGAUUGGACUCCUCCUUGCUGAAGCCUACAGACUCAAGUACAUGUUUGCAGAUGCACCCAAUCACUACCGCCGAUAGAUGCCAUUGACCUGCCUCUACAUCCCGUUGCGCUGGCCCAAUCCUGAUCACUGUGGCAUUUCAUCCCCCAUGUCCUCAAGACACUCCAAACAGGAUCCACUCCUUGCUGUAAAAAGCUCACAUCAGACUCCUGUCUUAACUUUUGUGUGUGCCCGUUUGCCACUGCAAGUGUGGAUGUGCCACUCAAAGAACCAUUUGUGUCCCAUACUGUGAGGAUGGCCUGAGCUUGGCCGGGGGCUAUAAGCAUGAACUGAGCCUCUGAAUGCCCAGCCUGGGCCAUCUAAGCCCGGCAGCCUCUUGUUAACCUGUCUAAGCACAGACACAUUUGCAUAUUCCCAGCUGGGUCUGUAUUUUCUUUUCCUCCAGAUGCUGUUCAAUCAAACUCCCUAAUGAAGAUGCCUUAUAAAAAAAGUCCUGCCUGGGGGAUGGCAGCACCAUUGGACACAAGAAGCUCUCAGGGCUUAGCUUCGCUCCGUGUGUCUGAAGUGCAACAUUUCAAUGGUUAACAAGAGACAUCCUUUCUUCUCUCUCACACACAGACAAUCGUGCGCCAUGUCUGUUUGCAUAGGGUGGUGCACACAUGUUGAUGGAAGACUGUCUGUCUUGUUCGCACACAGUUCAGAAUUACAUAAAUGAACAAGACUGGACUCCACCUGUGACUGAUUGAUUGCUUGACUGACUGACUGUCCUGUGUGCAUUGAACUGGAGGGCAGAGGGAGCUGUGCUUCUAAGAAUCUCCUUUCCUUGACAAUGACACUCCUCCUCCAGUGCAUUAUGUGUAUAUUGUGUUCUUGUGUAUAUGGGUAAAAGAUGUACAUUAUAAGUCUUCUGUUUGUAGCAGAUAUGGUUUUAUAUUUAUAAUGUGUGUUACAAGCGUGUAAAGGCUGCCUAGGUUACAAAUGACAGCGGGCCUCCUGCCUUCCCUGGCUGUUGGGGUGCUGGAGCUGUCAGCACAUCUGCACUAGCACAUUUUUCAGAUCCAAGUGUUUCGUUUACUAUUAUGAAAAUGUGACUCCAAAGCAAACAUGACAGCAUAUGACCUCCAGUGCUAAGGAGGUAGGGGGUUUAAGAAGCUUGCUGCUGGAACAGACGUUUUGGACUCACUGAGAAGUGACCUGAAGAGUGCCUGCCCUCUUCAUCCACACUGGAGCAUGCCCUUUGGAAAACACGCAGUACUCUGUCGUCUUCAAGCAUUGCAGUGGUGGCUUGGACCAUUAAUGUACAUUGCUGUAUCAGUCUCCUUAGAAAAGUAAUGAGUCCCAAUCUGCAACUGCUGGCUCUUCUCUCCCCCCAAUUGAAUGCCCCCCUUCCCCGGCCCUCUCUUCAGGCGGUUGAAAAUAUGGAUUGACUUGGUUCAAGCCUCUGAAUUAACCUGGGGGAAAGAAGAGGAGGUGGCUUCCAUCGCCUGCUGUAGCCCCUCUUCCCCUCUCUCCACAAUUGUCUCAAUAUGAAUUUUGGCAAAGGACAAUGUUUUUAAUUAAAUGUCUUACUGUAGUUAGCAGGUGUAGUCUCAGUAGUGCCAAGCCUUGACCUCACAGGGCAGAGUUAUUUCUAACAACUGAAGUUCCUCAGCUUGUUCUGGGCUGACCUCUGCUCAUCUCAUCAGGCUUCACUCUGCACCCAACUUGUUUUGUUUCUCCUCUUGGGACCACAGAAGAAAAGCAGUUGAGUGGCUUUCCCUUCAGCAGUGGCACCCAGGGAGAUUGGAUGCACCAGGAGGUGGGAGCCUUGUCACCACGCAGUGUCUCAAGUUGCUUUCCUAACCUGGAGUUGUUUUCUCAGGCCUUCUGACUUGAUUUUCUUUUGUGUGUGUGCCUUCUGUUGUUUCCUCUGAGACAGCUACCUGGUGGUCCUUAGUUUAACAUGACUAAUUAAAAGAGAAAACUGAA